AUGUCAAGCAGACUGGAAUGCAAGCAGAAAAUGCCCCGCAGAUUCUGGAUAAAGCAACCACUUUUGUUGAUACCAGUGUUUGUGAUAUUCCACUGUAUUGUUUUGUUAAUGGUCAUAGGAUGUACUCAGCAUUACUGCCCCAAUCAUUGGAUCAAAGGGAAUGGCUACAAGGACAAACACAAUGAAGUUGCCGUCAUGGAAAUGAGAGGUUUAAAUAAAGGGAAAAAACCAGCUGAAAAAGUAAAAAGGAAGCAGUACUGGCCUACAGAGUCUAGUAGAACAAUGACAUAUGAUGAAAAGAUAGAAGAAUAUCUGUCAGCAAGGCGUGGCAAGGCUCUUCUGUAUGGAGUGUUCAGACAGUACAAAGGAUAUCUAACAAUUGCAAUUCCUGCAAAAAAGAGAUCAGACGAGUCUAUCAGAUUUGUAGAACAGACACUUGAUUCCCUGAUAGAAAACACCUAUUGGAAAGAUUUCCAGAAAAUUGUCGUAGUUGUAUUUCUUCUGAGUGAUGAUACAGCGUGGUGUCAAACAGUAGGGAGAAUGUUGUAUGAAAAGUAUAAAGAAAAAAUAGACAGCGGUUUUGUCCAGGUUGCCUACAGAGGCAGGAAUGUACUCUCAAAACUCUUACCGUUGCAAGAGAAUGAAAGUAGCCAAGAGAAACAAAGACGGGAAGAAAACCUUUCUUUUUUAAACAUUGUGACUUACGGGAAAAAUUUCUCCUCCUAUCUUCUUCUACUGGAUGAGGACGUUCUGUGUGAAAAGGACUAUUUCAUAAAAAUCCUUGGAUUCAUACAUCAACAGACAAAGCCUAAUCGAAUUUGGUUUGUUUUAAAUUUCAGCCGCAGCAGCUUAAUGGGACAACUUGUAAGAACCUCUGAUUUGAUGAAAGUAAUUAAGCUUUUAAUUAUUUUAAGGUAUGAUCUUUCUUAUGGAUCCUUGAUAGAGUUUAUGACAGAUCUAAAAGGUCAACAGAAGCGAUACCGAAUGCAACUGUUUCGGUAUUUUAACUUCGACAUGGAAUCUUUCUUACCUAAAAAAUUUACACGUCCUUAA